AUGAUUCUCAUGGGUCUAUUCAGCAUGGUUCUCUUCAUCGGAAUGCCCUACCUCAUGGACAACCUGGACCCUGAGAUGAAGGCCGAGCUCGAGCAGCGCCAGAAGCAAGGCAUGGGCGCCGGGUCAGGCCAGGCUCCCAACCCUCUGGGGAACUUUGACAUGGCCGCUUACUUGGCCGGGUCUGGGUCCGGGUCAGGUGGCAGCAAGAAUCAGAACCAGGGGGUGAAGAGGUAA